GUACACGGUGUUUUACUGGAGUAUCCUGUAUCCAAUUUCAUGACCUGCAUUCCAACUCCAGAUUAUUCUCAUUUGAAAUGCUAUGAUAGUGUGUAUGAGCCAUCAGAGGACUCAUUCCUAUUCCUUGAUGCUUUGGAACAGGAACAGGAUUUUUUGAAGCAAAUUAAUCCUUUGAUUUGUGUUGAAGUUGGUUCUGGAUCGGGUAUAAUUUUAACAUUUCUUGCCUCAAUCUUAGGCGGAAAAUCUCACUACAUUGGCAUUGAUAUUAAUGAGAAAGCUUCCCAAUGCACACAGCAAUCACUUUGUCAUCAUUCCAUUCAAAACUAUGACUGCAUCUGUGACAAUAUGUUAGAUUCUCUUAGCUCAAGAAUGAGAGGUACUGUUGAUGUACUCCUGUUCAAUCCUCCAUAUGUGCCCACUCCAUCUGAUGAAGUUGGGGGUACUGGUCUGUCUGCUUCUUGGGCUGGAGGAAUGCAUGGGAGAGAAGUAAUAGAUUUGUUAUUGCCUCAAGUGGAUUCAUUCCUUAGCGAUGGAGGUGUUUUUUAUCUGUUGACUGUGGAAGAGAAUAGGCCUGGUGAGAUAUGUCAGUUAAUGGCUGCCAAAGGUUUGAUUGCUAGUAAAGUCUUAACGAGAAGAGCAAGAAAUGAGCUACUAACAGUUUUAAAAUUUAUAAAAAAAAAAUUAAGCAAAGAUGAUUUAAAAUGAA